UGAUUUUUUUUUCCAGAUACAAAAGAACCAUGACCACCCAAACGGGAACUAGCCUUCAGCUGGCGCCUCUGCGCUCAGUGAACGAUUUUCUACUGGAAUCGGCCCGUUUUCAGCUGCCCAACUUUCAAGAUUUCGAAAAAUGGGGAAAUCGAGUAGUUAAGAACCUGCUCUACUAUCAAACCAACUAUCUACUGAUGAGUCUCGCCGUAUUCCUCGUAAUCGGAUUGAUUCAUCCGUACAAGGUGGUCCUCGGGAUGAUAGUUAUAAUGGCACUGUUGUACGUUUUCGUCAAAUUCUUCGCGGCCGAAGCACGUCGAUCGGUUGGAGCAACGAGUGGCCAACAGCAGCCAAACAAGUGGGCCGUUCUGGGAGGAGUGGUCGGAUGUUGCUAUCUGGUGCUGUUCAUGUUCGAUGCUGUCCUUAUCGUAAUGUUCGCCGUGCUGUUACCGUUCUCACUGACCUUCGUUCAUGCUUCUUUGCGAUUGCGAAACAUUAAGAACAAACUGACCAACACGAUUGAGAUCGUUGGAGCCAAGCAGAGCCCGAUGGGACAGUUUUUGGAAGCCAUGGGAUUGAUGCCAGAUGCGUUUUAACUCUUUCGCGAACUACACUUGGCGCUAAGGCAGCUGCUAUGCAUCGAUAAGCCAUACAGAAUUAAGUGAUUAUCGAAACCAAAAUUUGAUCGUCGUUGCU